AUGUCUAUCCUCGUGGCCAUUCAGUCGGCCAUCUUCUACUACGUGGCUUGCACGCCAUGCAACGAAUCGAGAGCGCGGCACAAGGCGAAGCAUCAAGCAAAGAAAGACCGCCACGAGAUGAUGCGGAUUCAGAUGGAGCAGCCCGAACGGUACCCGCACCCGUUACCUUUCCACACAAACCCAUAUUGGCAGGAGGAGAUUGAUAUCGGCCCCCGCCCCCCAAAGAAGACACACAACAAGAACACGAGCCAAAGAGCUCUAAACAGCGCCAGCACGGUGAGGAACAGCACUUCUGCCAGCUUGGCCCAUACCAAUACCAGCUCCAAUCGCGACCACAGCAUCUCCCUCACGAGCCCGACAUUAUCGCCGGUGGAACCUCCCACUCCUAUAACAGAAGAAGUUUGGAACAAGGAGAGGUAUCAACGUGAGGACGAAGAGCUCUGGGGACAUGAUUUAUCCAAGAUGCGCCACAGGCUCGUGGACAACAUCGUCAAGGCAGGAAACUCGGCGGGCCGCAUAAUCAAAGCUGAGCUGGGCACGAAGAAGCAGGUCACCGAGGAGGAUCGCACAGACUUCUAUCUCACGCCGAAAAACCCGCCCGUCAAUGACUACCACCCACCAAUCGUGGGAAGCGCCCCCGUACACAAAAACGCUCUUCAAUGGAUGCUGCAACCGCCGCCGCCUGCUAAACUCAUGGAAGGUCGAGUCCCCGUGAGCCGGCUUCGCAGCGUCAACAGCAUGGCGGGCAGGGCCGGUCCGGAUCACAGAGCCAAUAGAGCCAGCCAGGUCAACAAGACGAACCCGCCUCAGCAGGAUGGGAUCACCGGAGAGUCGCAAGGGGGCAAGGGGCACCGUGAAGAGGCGGAUCUACACAUGCACGAGGACCUAUCCGAGUCUGAACUGAUCGAGGUGCUCAUCGGUAGGAGGUCACGGCGAGCCACCGUCUCUAGUCGGGGUCGGAGGCUAUCGUUGGAGUCUGACCUAUACUCGGAGACCGACACCGAGGCUGUGCUCCAUUCUCGUGUGACAUCUGGUGAGUCUGACACACCUACACCGAGUCCAUCGUCACCGACGCCAAAAAAGCAUGUGCCCUUGGCAACUUCCACGAAAGGCCCUCCAGACCUGAGCGCCUUCCAUCCCAAGAACGUGAAUGCACCAGUGCCAGCCGAGUCUUGA